AUGCCCGGCUUCGACUUCUCAAACUACAACCGCAAUGCGGCCCUCCACGCCCGAGGUGUCCCCCUCCCCAAGGCGACGAGCACAGGUACCACCAUCGUAGGAUGCAUAUUCGACGGCGGUGUUGUGAUUGCCGCCGAUACAAGAGCAACUUCCGGUCCCAUCGUCGCCGACAAGAACUGCGAAAAGCUGCACUACAUCGCUCCCCAGAUUUGGUGUGCAGGAGCCGGUACCGCCGCCGACACCGAGUUCACCACGGCAAUCAUAUCCUCCAACCUCGAGCUCCACGCCCUCUCCACGGGCCGCAAGCCCCGCGUCGUCACCUGCAUGACCAUGCUCAAGCAGCAUCUCUUCCAGUACCAGGGCCACAUUGGUGCCUACCUCGUCGUCGCCGGCGUCGACCCCACGGGAACCCACCUCUUCACCGUCCACGCCCACGGUUCCACCGACAAGCUCCCCUACGUCACCAUGGGCUCCGGCUCCCUGGCCGCCAUGUCCGUCUUCGAGACCCAGUGGAAGCCGUCCCUGACCCAGGACGAGGCCGUCAAGCUCGCAAGCGAUGCCAUCCAGGCCGGUAUCUUUAACGAUCUCGGCUCCGGAAGCAACGUCGACGUCGCCAUCAUCACAAAGGACAAGACCACCCUCAAGCGCGGCUUCGUCAAGCCCAACGAGCGUAGCGCUAAGCUCAAGAGCUACGCCUUCCAGAAGGGCACCACGGCCGUGCUCAACGAGAAGAUUAUCAAGAAGAACGAGAUUGGCCGCUACGUGAGCGUAACGGAGGUGCCGGCCGGUGAAGCGAUGGAGGUUGAUACCUAG